UUGAACCCAACCCUUAAAUGUGCCCAUAUAUGCUUUUCCAUGGCAACUAUGGGAAAUAUGCCAUCAGGUCUGCAUUAUUCCGUUCCUUCUUGUCAUUAUGGAAACCAGCAAACCACAUAUGGGAUGAUGGCAGGCAUCAAGCCUACAGCUCCAGAUAUGCUGGCAGCAAGCCUCUCUCAAAGCCGUAUUUUGCAGACCUGCAGUAUGUCUCAUCCCAAUGUUGUGAAUGGAGUUGGCACUUUGCAAGGUGGUCUCACUCCUUGCCUGUAUAAAUUCCCUGAGCAUGCUCUAAGUGCCAGUUCAUGUGCUCUAGGCCACAGCUUUACUUCCAUGCAUCCAUCUCUACUUGGAGCUGAUCCUACCACCACUGAUUUUAAGCAGGAAUUUCGGAAGAAGGCCAAAUCACUUGAAGAACCAAUAGAUAUGGAUUCUCCAGAAAUUAGAGAGCUGGAGAAAUUUGCCAAUGACUUCAAGUUGAGAAGAAUUAAGCUGGGUUAUACACAAACAAAUGUUGGAGAAGCUCUGGCCGCAGUGCAUGGCUCUGAAUUCAGCCAGACAACUAUUUGCCGGUUUGAAAACUUGCAACUGAGUUUCAAGAAUGCCUGCAAACUAAAAUCAAUAUUAACUAAGUGGCUGGAGGAAGCAGAGCAAGUAGGAGCUUUAUACAAUGAAAAAAUUGGCGUGAAUGAGCGGAAAAGAAAACGCAGAACCACCAUUAGUAUUGCUGCUAAAGAAGCUUUGGAAAGCCAUUUUGCAGAACAAAGCAAGCCUUCAUCUCAGGAGAUCAUGAGGAUGGCAGAGGGGCUCAAUUUGGAAAAGGAAGUGGUGAGAGUUUGGUUCUGUAAUCGAAGACAAAGAGAAAAGAGAGUGAAGACAAGUUUACACCAGAACACCUUUAAUUCCAUUAUUAAGGACCAUCAAGACUGCCAGUAG